UCUCUCUUCUCUUCUCUUCUCUAUUAUUAAAUUUCUUUUUCACUCUACUUUUGAGAGAAAGAAAGAAUCCAUUCAUUUUCAAACCCAAGUUUUCUUUUUCCCUUCUUUUGAAGGGGUGGUUUAUUGGAUACAACAGAGACUUUGAGAAAGAGAAGAAGAUUUAUUUUUUUUAAAGGAGAAUUUUUUUAAAGUUUGGGCUUUUGUUUUUGGAUUAAAAAAUUCAAAUGGGAUCAUUUUCAGGGCAAAGUAGUGGAAGCUGUGAUCUUUCAUUCAAGAUCUUGUUGAUCGGAGACUCGUCUGUUGGCAAGAGUAGUAUGCUUCUUAGCUUUAUUUCAGCUUCUGCAGAAGAUCUAGCUCCCACUAUUGGUGUGGAUUUUAAGGUCAAGUUGCUAAGUGUUGGUGGGAAGAGGUUAAAGCUCACUAUUUGGGAUACUGCUGGACAGGAAAAGUUCAGAACACUAACAAGCUCUUACUAUAGAGGUUCUCAAGGGAUCAUUCUUGUUUAUGAUGUAACGCGGAGAGAUACUUUCACAAAUUUGACUGAUGUUUGGGCCAAAGAAGUGGAGCUCUACUCUACCAACCAGGACUGUGUCAAGAUACUUGUUGGAAACAAAGUUGAUAUGUUCCAGGACUCUGAAAGGGCAGUAAGUAGAGAAGAAGGGAUUGCGCUUGCAAAAGAGCUUGGAUCCAUUUUUCUUGAAUGCAGUGCUAAAACAAGGAUAAACGUGGAGCAAUGCUUUGAGGAGCUUGCAUUGAAGAUAAUGGAAACUCCUAGUCUUUUGGAAGAAGGGUCUGCUGUAGGAAAGAGGAACAUCUUAAAGCAGAAACCAGAGCAGGCUCCUCCUGGAGGCGCCUGUUGCUCUUAAUUUGCAGCAAGAUCUCGGCCCCGAUCUGAAAGCAUGACUUGCAUAUCCAUAGAAAACUCAGGCAGCCAUGUUGUUGGCUCUAAGCUUUCCCACCUUGAAACAGAUUGUGAACAGUCUGCAAAACCUGUAUAUGAUAAUUUCUUUCAAUUUUCUAUACUGCUGCAAUUUCCAAUUUAUCUGUCUAUGGUUAAUUUUAUCAUACUCGAAUUAACUAAUGUAAAUUUGUUAGAUUUUGAUUUC